GACGCUUUUCCUUCCUUCUUCCUCUUUUUCUCUCUUUCAUUGUUUUCGUUGUUCUAUAUACGCAUUUUUUUUUAUUUGGGUCGUGUGUUUUUUUGGGUUACGUCUGUCGCAUCUACUCUUCUUAUUUGCAAACUACUACUGCUGUGCUGGACACUUUGAGCUUCUCAAUCUCAUCCCUUUCACUCAUUCUCCUUGACGGAUACAAGAAGUAAACGAACUCUUUUUACUCAAUCAAGAUGAAGACCACUUUCAUUUUUGCUCUUCUCUCUACAGCGAUUUCCUUCGUUGCGGCGGACAUUGUCAUUACGCCUAUCUUUGAGGACCAGGUCGUGCAGAGGCAAGCGGGUGAUUGCUUCUUUGGCGUUGUCACGCCUCAGGGAUGCGGACCAAAGCGAGGAUAAAACUACAUUCACUCAUCCGCGAAAAUGGAAGACAACCGUGGAGUAAUUCCGCCACAUUCGACAUGCACCGACGAUAUGCUGGUGAUUUAAUUUUGAGGAGUGUACAUGAAGAAACCUUGGACUCGCUGCGCGAGACUAGGAUGAGAGGUGCCAAACAGACAAAUUCUUAAUACGGCGUUUUGAUUUGGGAAAAGAAGGCAUUGCGGCAGAGAGAAGUCGCUGAUGGCCCUGAGUUGAGGAUUUUUUUUUUUUAUCAAGCCGUAUUGUUCAUGUACGGAAUUACAUAUAUGUGAGAGGAAAGAGUACAAGC